AUGUCUUACUAUUCGCUCCAGGAUACAAUCGAUCAAUUUUUUUCCGGUUGCACCGUCACGCAGGAGGAAUGCGACCGAACAGCUGCUGAGAUCACUGGUGAAGCUGUGCAGCCAGUCCGGCUUCAAGGAGCGUUCAGUUACACUGUAGCAGGUCAGGAGCUCCUUGUACAAUUUCGUGUUCCUGGGUCUCUCUUGAAUACGGAAAGGCUGAGUCUCGCUCGGAAGAUAUACGGCAACAUUGUACCUGCCUGUGUCAAUAGGGGUGUUCUGGGAUUAUCGCCCUCACUUGCUGUCUAUGUAAUGGACAAGGUUCCCGGUAUAACCUACAUCGAAGCGCCUUUGACAACAUUAUAUUGUGUUACAUGGCAAGAGAAAACAGUGUCAGACUUUGCAAGAUUUUUCGCUAGUUCAUGGGUGAACCGACUAGCGGAGCCUCAUCGCUCUGAGCACUCUCUGGCAGAUCUUCAAAACAAGCUGGAUGUACUUUUACGGCAGCUACCUUCGCGUUUCACAGGCAUCAUCGCCAAGCUUCGCGAAGAACUUCCAGUAAUAUUUAUUCCCGGGUAUCCGUUGACAUUAACUCACACUGAUCUGUGUGAGAUGAAUAUUGUUGUCAAUCCUCAAGCGGGCGGUAUCAAUGGAGUUAUCGAUUGGGCUGAAGCCAAAGUUUUGCCUUUUGGGAUGUCUCUAUGGGGGUUUCGGAACAUGCUUGGUAUUAUGAACUCAAGCGGGUGGCAUUACUUCGAAAAUUCUUCCAGUCUGGAAGACCUUUUCUGGGAUACAUUCUAUAGACAUGUGGGAAAUAUUUCCAACGAUGAAAAAAGUGCAAUAAAGAUUGCGGAACGGACUGGAUUGGUUCUUCGCUAUGGUUUCACUUGGGAAAAUGGGGACCUUGAAAGGCCCGUGAAUGAGCAAGAUUCUUCAAUUAGAUAUCUGGAUGCAUUCUUACACUCCUUGGAGGAUUGA